UUUCAAGCCUCGCAAAUGAACCCUUCUGGAUUCCCUUACAGUAGCCUGAAGUGGACUGAAGUGAACUGAAGAGCAGUUCUUGUUUCUCUCCCAUCCUCCACACAAGAUUCCCCACGGUCCCUUUUCUUGUUGGGUUUCUAUAUUUUUCUUGGGUUCUUACACUGCGACAGUCUCUUGUUUUUUUAUUUCUCGUCUUCGAAGAACCUCGAGGGUUUCUGUGUUGAGAUCUCUUCUUGAUUUCCGGAAGAGGGCAAGUUCGAAUCAGAACUUGCAGUUCAAGAUCAGGGAGGGAGAGUUAAGGACAAGAUCAGGUUUCGGAUUUUUCAAGUCUGCAAUCUCUUCUCUUGGAUUAGAUGCUGCCUCAGAGAUGGUUUCCAGAUAUGAUUUUGCUCCUAAUCAGCAUUCUUGCUUGCACAAAUGGUGCAUUUGUUGGAGUAAACAUUGGGACCGAUAUUACCAACAUGCCAUCGCCCUCGGAUGCCGUUGUACUACUCAAAUCGCAUCAAAUCACUCAUAUCCGCCUGUUCGACGCUAAUAGCCACAUGCUUAAAGCGUUAGCCGGAAGUGGUAUCGAAGUGACAGUCAGUGUCACGAACGAUGAACUGCUCGGUAUCGGGAGAUACCCUUCUUCGGCUGCCUCAUGGGUCAACAAAAACGUCGCCUCUUAUGUCCCUUCGACGAAUAUCACUGCCAUUGCAGUUGGCAGCGAGGUUCUAACCACGAUCCCACACGUUGCCCCCGCUCUAGUCUCGGCUCUUAACAACAUUCACAAGGCCCUUGUGGCCGCUAACUUGAACUUUCGGGUCAAAGUUUCGAGCCCGAUGUCUAUGGAUAUCAUCCCGAAGCCAUUCCCACCAUCCACGGCCACCUUCAACGCCUCGUGGAACGCUACCUUUUACCAACUGCUUCGGUUUCUGAAGAACACGGGUUCAUAUUUCAUGCUGAAUGCUUACCCUUACUACGGUUACACAACCGGGAACGGGAUUUUCCCGCUCGAGUAUGCUCUCUUCAAGCCGCUUUCUCCAGUGAAACAGAUCGUAGAUCCGAACACGCUUUUACGAUACAACAGCAUGUUUGACGCGAUGGUUGAUGCUGCGUAUUAUUCGAUGGAAGCUAUGAACUUUUCCAAGAUCCCGGUGGUUGUAACGGAAACGGGUUGGCCUUGGCUCGGGGGCGGUAACGAACCCGCUGCCACGGCGGAAAAUGCCGAAACAUUCAACAAUAACCUGAUCAAGCGAGUUUUGAACAACUCAGGUCCGCCUAGCCAACCCGACAUCCCCAUCAAUACAUACAUAUACGAGCUCUACAACGAAGACAAGAGGCCCGGGCCAGUCUCGGAGAGGAACUGGGGAAUGUUCUACCCGAAUGGCUCGAUGGUUUAUCGUUUGAGCUUGGGCGGGUCAGACCAGGCAGAGUCUCUGAAUGGUUCGGUGGUUUUCUGCGUCGCGAAAGAUGACGCUGACCCGGAAAAGUUGCAGGACGGUCUGAACUGGGCGUGUGGCCGAGGCCAAGCCAACUGCUCAGCCAUUCAGCCCGGACGGCCUUGUUAUCUUCCCGACAACCUCAAGAGUCACGCUUCUUUCGCGUACAACGAUUAUUACCAGAAGAUGAAAAAUGCCGGGGGAAGUUGCGAUUUCGACGGAACUGCCACCACCACGACCAGAGAUCCAAGCUACGGAACAUGUAGAUUCACUGGCAGCGCGAACGCAAACGCGACGGGAGGAAACUUCCCACCGGCUGCGUUUGGACCAGUGAGCCCGAUAGGAGGCAACGCAAACGCACUUGUGGAAUCAGACCGCUAUCUUCAGUUCUGGGCGCCGUCAUUGGUGAUUGUAAUCGUGAUCUUGCUUGAGAACAACGGCUUUUUGCUCGUUACCUGGUGAUUCUUGAACUGCGUUUUGGGGAAGAGAUGACCGGAGCUUGGUUUUGCCGGUUACUGCGUUUUCUUGUUUAUUUUGGUAGAGUUUUCACAAGUGUUCUCAUUCUUUUUUCUUUUUUGGGGGGGGUCUUACACAUAUGGACAAAAAUCUCGGACAAAUGUGAUUUGAGUUUGAGGGCAUUUAACGAAGUUCUUGUCAAAGUUCAUAUA